AUGCAGAGGACAACGGCACAAGCGGUUAUAUCGGUACUGCGGGACUUGUGGUCAAAAUUCGGCCUGCCAAAGCAAACGGUCAGUGACAAUGGACCGCCUUUCUCGAGCUCUGAUUUUCAGAAGUUUCUGAUUCAUAAUGGCAUAAAACAUAUUUAUUCAGCUCCCUAUCAUCCCGCCUCUAAUGGGGCCGCUGAAAACGCAGUUAAAAUUUGUAAACGUGCGAUUAAAAAGGCAUUAAAACAGAAUUUAAACGUAGAUACAGCUCUGUGUAGAUUUUUAUUAGCCUAUAGAAAUACAGAACAUGCAACUACCGGCGAUAGUCCAGCCAAUAUAUUACAGGGUCGAAGUCUCCGUAUGAGAUUAGAUAAUUUAAAACCAGAAAGGCAAUCCCGAGUUAUCGCGCAACAAGAGCGGAGCGAGCAAAACGCAGGGGGUGUGCAGCGACAACUCGAGCCGGGCACUAAGGUGUGGUAUCGGGAUUAUCGAGGUCUGGAUAAAUGGGUACCUGGGACGAUCCUCAAGCAAUUAGGUAGUCGUGAUUACUGUGUACGAUCUAGUUUUGGAACCGAGAAUCAUAGGCACGUCGAUCAGCUAAAAUUAAGGGUUACAAAAAAUAUAGAUAAAGUUGAUACCUUUGCGUCGAUUCGUAAAAAUAUAAGUCCCGAACUGAUCGUGCAAAAUUUAGACUUAAGAACACAAUCACGUAAGUCGCUAUCAUUUCCCAUGACAAGUGGCGAGGAACCAGUGGCGGUGGUCAACGAUUCGGGGAAGAGUAGUUCACCACCAAAAAAUAGCACACCGGCACAGGAUGCUGUAUCGCCUAUUCGUGGCAGCCCUAUGAGACCCGCUGUGCCGAUAGACAAGAGAGCAUGUAGUACUGGUGGUAAGAGUAUCAAUGAAAAUGUGACACCCAAACGUGAACGUCCUGUAAGAAUACGCAAGCCACCAGUUAGAUAUGGAUUCGAGGAAAUAGAUUAA